AUGCUUUCACGCAAGGGUAUCAUAGCAGGACCAAAUGUACAUAAAGAACCGCAACUUAGGACUUCGGGACGAACAGAAGUUGUUGCUUCAUUUGUUCAACAACGAAUUUGGCUUCAUGAACAACUUUAUUUUCAUUCUUCAGACCUGCCUGUUCGCUAUCAAUCAUUGCCCUAUGAUCGACAUCGUCUCUCAAAUGAACAUCGAAGUGGCCGUGGAACAUCAAUCUCAUUUGAUUUUGGUCAAGAUCUUUCAUAUGAUUUUGUUAACUAUGCAUUAACAAACAAUAUAGAACCUCAACAUCUAGCACUUGUCGCUUAUUAUAUGUUCUUAUUUAAGUUAACUAAUGGAAAAAGAGAUAUGUGUAUUGGAAUGAAUACACAUACUCGAUAUAAAGAUGAACUUAAAUCAAUCAUUGGAUUAUAUGAAAAUCUUAUUCCAUUACGAUUUCAGUUAGAUCGUGAUGGUUCAUUUCAUGAACUAGUUGAAUAUGUUCAAGAAAUGGCAACAAAUGGUAUGAAAUAUUCAUAUUUUCCUUUUCAACAUAUUCUUGCACAACAUUCUGAUUGUUCAAAGCCUACAUUUCUUGAUAUAUCUUUUGAUUUUAUUACUAUUGAGAAGUAA